UCUACCUGUCUCUAAAAAUAUACAGUGAGUCAUUGCUCGAUCUCGUUGUGUUAUUGAAGUGUUCCCUAUACUUUUACAUGGCGCAGCCGGUUAAAGUGAUAAAAAGUGCAUAAUUUAAAAAGCAGAAGACAAGAAAGUGAAGAUAGUAAGAAAAUUUGGAAAAAAAAAAACAAGAUGGAAUCGGUUCUUACUCCCCCUUUGCCGUUUAAGUUUGAGGAAAAUGUAACCAAUAUGGCGUUUGGCAGUUUGUGUGAAUCUUGGGAGAAGUGGAAGAAUGGUUUUCAAAUAUACGUUAAGGCAUGCGAACUUAAUAAGAAAACAGAAGAAAUACAAAUGAACAUUUUUUUACACGUCGUAGGGGAACAGUGCCGUGAGAUAAUAGAACAAAGUACGACGAAAUGUACAACAUUAGCGGCUCUAAUAGGUCAAGUCGAUAAUCAUUUUAAAGCGAAAAAAAAUGUAACGGUCGAGCGUCAUCGGUUUUUUACUCGUCAACAAGGUGAACACGAGUCCAUAGACCAAUACGUUUUUGAGUUGAGAAAGUUGGCUCAGUCGUGCGAGUUUGGUAACUUAAACGACGGAUUAAUAAAGGAUAGACUCGUAUGUGGAAUCGUGAGCGCAGCGAUUAGAGAGCGACUGUUACGCGAAGACGACCUAACGCUAAAUAAAGCGUUAGAAAUAUGUCGGGCUGCUAUAGUGUCGAAAAUGUAUUCGGAGGACAUUAAACGCGAGUGUACUAGUGAGACAAAAGGUAACGAAGUGUGUGCGGUAGCUAACAAAGAAGUGUACGAGUUGAAUCGGUCAGGUGCGAAAGACGAAGCAAAAUCGAGUCGUGGUAUGAGUUCCGGACGAGGAUGGCGCGGGCGCGGAUGGGCGCAUGGCGCGGGGCGCAGUGGCGCGCCGGGCGCGGCAGGCCCGGCCGGCGCUCAGCACCGCGCGCCGUACGCAUAUCGCGGAGGGCGGUGCGGUCAGUGCGGCGGCGUGCACAAAAAGUACGAUUGUCCGGCGUAUGGCAGAAGCUGCAUGAAAUGUUCCAGACCAAAUCAUUUUGCCAGGAUGUGCAGGGUGUACAUGGUGGAAGAGUCUGAGGACCAGGUAAAUAAUAUUAAAAACCGAUGUUGUGACUGUUGUGAGGAGUGGAACACGGAAUUAAAAAUAAAUAAUGUACCUGUGUGUUUUAAAUUAGAUACGGGAGCAGAGGUUAACAUACUCCCUAAACGUUAUCUGACAAAAUUAGGUAUUUCGAGUAAGGAUUUGUCAAAAACAAAUACAAGACUUACUGAAUAUUCUGGUGCUGGUCUUAAUGUCAUAGGAAAGAUUUUCUUGCGAGUCAGAUACAAAAAUAAUUUAUAUGUAUUAGAGUUUAAAAUUGUUGAUUUAAAUUCCGCGCCGAUACUGGGACGGUAUGCGUGUAAAGAGUUAAAUUUGGUCAGGCGAGUUAUGUCUGUGGAGCAGUCUAAUGAUAAUGAUCCGGAUUUUAUAAAGAAAUUCAGUGAUGUUUUUCAUGGCAUAGGUUGUCUUCCUGGCGAGUAUAAAAUUCAAUUAAAAUCAGAUGCGGUACCGGUAAUUCAUGCACCGAGGAAAUUACCAUUUGCGAUAAAGGAUGCGGUCAAAAAUAAGUUGUUAGAGAUGGAAGCUCAGGGUAUAAUUGCUAAAGUUGAGGGUCCUUCGGACUGGGUUAGUAGUAUAACGGUAGUUAAAAAAUCUAACGGAGAUUUGCGUAUUUGUUUGGAUCCUAAAGAGCUAAAUAAUGCUAUAAAGCGAGAACACUUUCGACUUCCCACCAUCGAUGAGAUUGUGUCCAAUUUGUCAGGCGCGCGGUACUUUAGUACCCUUGACGCGAGCUCAGGUUUCUGGCAGGUGCGGCUAGACGAGACUAGUAGGUAUUGUACAUUUAAUACGCCGUUUGGAAGGUAUAAGUUUUUACGAAUGCCAUAUGGAAUCUGUUCUGCGUCUGAAGUGUUUCACAAAAAGAUAUAUGAAAAUUUUGAUGAUAUUGAAGGGGUAUGUAUGUACAUAGAUGAUUUAUUGGUGUAUGGCCGUACCAAGGAGGAGCAUGAUCAGCGGUUGAAAAAUGUGUUGGAGAGGUGUGUGAAAGUGAACCUUAAACUUAAUAGAAAUAAAUGUCGGUUUGGUUUGGAAGAGAUAAAGUACUUAGGACAUCGCAUAACAAAGGACGGUCUGAGCCCGGAUGACUCGCACAUAACAGCAAUAAAAAAUAUGCCUACACCUACAAAUAGGAAGGAUAUUGAACGAUUUUUAGGGCUUAUUACGUACGUAGGAACGUUCAUACCAAAUUUAUCAGAUAAGACUCAACCAUUAAGAGAGUUAUUAAAAAAGGAAGUUGAAUGGCAUUGGGAUGAGUCGCAGAGUAAAUGUUUUAGUGAUCUAAAAGAAUGCUUGAUGAAGAGACCAGUGUUACAGUAUUAUAGCAUGAAUCAGCCUAUAACUAUCUCGGUAGAUGCGAGUAAAAGUGGCCUUGGCUGUUGUCUGAUGCAAAAUAACCUACCCGUAUGCUAUGCUUCCAAGUCGUUAACUAAAACGGAGCAACGUUACGCACAGAUUGAAAAGGAGUUGUAUGCUUGUUUGUUUGCAUGUGAGCGAUUUUAUCCGUACAUAUAUGGAAGAUCGGAUAUUACGAUCGAGACCGAUCACAAACCAUUAAUUAGUAUAAUAAAAAAGCCUAUAGUAGACUCGCCAUCUCGCCUACAAAGAAUGUUAUUACGGUUGCAGCGUUAUACUUUUAAAUUGGUAUAUAAGCCGGGUAAACAUCUGUAUAUAGCGGAUACGCUGUCGCGCGCAUACGAGCCGAGCGCGAGCGUCGAGCAUGCUGGCCGCGAGGCGCUGCACGACGAGGUGUGUGCUGUGGAGCGAGCGCUGGCCGUGGUCGCCAACGACCACUUCACCGACCACCAGUUUGUCGCGCUACAAAAACAAACUGACACCGACGACGAACUGGUGCAGUUAAGAAAAUGUAUUUUAAAAGGGUGGCCCGAUGAUAGGAAAGAUUUAGUAGACGUAUUAAGGCCUUAUUGGACUUAUAGGGAUGAGAUAACUGUGGCACAAGGGUUAGUUUGGAAAGGUGAUAGGAUAGUUAUACCCAGGUCCCUAAGAAAGGAUAUGUUAACAAAACUACAUAUAGGGCACAUGGGCAAGGAAAAAUGUAAAUUACGAGCGAGAGAAAUAAUGUUUUGGCCGUGCAUCACUAAUGACAUAGAUAAUUUAAUAAAUAAUUGUAAUAUCUGUCUGUCGCAUAGGAAACAUAAUCAAAAGGAAGAAUUGAUUCCACAUGAAAUUCCAGAUGAACCGUGGGUGAAGAUAGGUGUGGAUUUGUUUCAGAUACAUGGGGUCGACUAUUUACUGUUAGUCGACUAUUAUAGCAAGUUUAUAGAAAUUACAAAGUUAUUGUCAACAACGUCAGAUUACGUAAUAUCAUCUCUUAAGGAUAUCUUUUGUCGCCAAGGGAUACCUAGUGUAGUGAUGUCAGAUGGGGGACCACAGUUCACGUCUUUGAGUUUCAAAAAGUUUGCUGAUGAAUGGCAAUUCACACAUAAAAUGUCGUCUCCAAGAUAUGCACAGUCUAACGGUCAGAUAGAACGGACAGUUCAAACUGUGAAAAAUAUUAUAAUUAAAACAAGUGAAAAUCGCACUGAUUACAGGUUAGGCCUUCUAGAAUAUUUAAAUACGCCUUUAUCUUAUGAUUUAGCAUCGCCAGCUCAACUACUUCAAAGUAGAAAGAUGAGAAGUAUAAUUCCAAUGUGUCCAGAGCUUCUAAAACCAAAAAUUCAAAAUUAUGUAAAAGACAAGUUACUUAAUAAAAAGCACAUACAGAAAAAAUAUUACGAUCGUAACGCCAAAAACUUGCCUACUUUAUCAGUAGCGGAUAAAGUUAAAGUAUUAUUGGAUCCAAAUAAAAAAGGUUGGUCAUCUGGAACAAUAUCAAAAGUUAUAGGCCCACGCAGCUAUAAAAUUAAGUUACUUAAUGGUAAUGAAAUAAUAAGAAAUCGUAGGCAUAUUAUAAGAGACUCGCCGCACAGAAAUGACGCGCCUGAUUUGGACCUACUCUUUGAUUUAGAUGACGUAAUGCCGUCCCCGUCAUCAAGCGCCACCCCGCGCUUUGUAAACAACACUGUACCAAAUAAUGGUAAUAAUAUUGUUACUCGUUCCGGCAGGAUAGUGAGGGCUCCAGAUAGAUGGGGUGACUGGAUCUAACAACACAUGUCAGUGCUCCACAGAGGAUGGAACGCAUCCUACAUAACUUAUAUGUACUAAAAUAAUCAAAAUAGA